AUGUCGCCUAAGAAACAGUCCUCUUCUAAGAGCGCUAAAGCGCCCGAGCGCGACUUUACGGAGGCUUUGGCCCCUGCGGUCCCGCGACUGGCGCGAAUCCCCUCACCAGCGCGCUUCUCCCUGGCUGUCCUGAGUAGCCUCAUCUUGAGCUCGGUCGCAUUUACUCUGACCUCUCAUCUGACCGUCGGCGACCUUGGCCUGAUCAGCAAGCACCUGGAGGAGUGGUGGGAAGUGGGGGGCCUUGUAGCUUGGAAAGCCGUGGAAAUUGGUCUAGCUUGGGUCCUGGGAUUCGACAGCUGGGAUGUCGCGUCUUUCCUAUACAUAACCCACCUCCCCACCUACUCGCUCUUGACAUUCUUCUACGGUGUCCGGCCGACUUCCACGAUUAUAUCCUACAUGAUCACGGUCCUUUCGACUGUGAUUCCAUUUUUCUUCCUUCGUCGCCCUGCAUCUGUUCACGAUCUGUCGCACGCCCCCUCGGGCGCAGUAGCCAACAGAUCUAUCCUACAAGAUCGCCCCACUACGAUCUACACUACCCUCGCCGCGACCUCGAUUUUCACCGUUGUGCUAUAUGCUAGCUACGCAUCCUGGCUUCCCGCCCAGCUGGUCGUGCACUUCGACAGCAUCCCAGAUAUUAGCGCCGCGCAUGCAGGCCCCGCCGGGCUCCCGGUUCUCUUCUUGACUCUAAUCCCUACCGGCUAUGCCGUGCGCGACUUCCUUUUCGUUAGCUCCACAGGUCACGCGACAGAUGUGACAGUGAAAGCUGCUGAUCACGAAGGCGAGCUGUUCAUCAAGGCCGUGUACCGAAAGACUUGGUGUCAACUGUCGAACAAGACUCGAAUUCUUAUUUCUCGGACUCUCGUGCUUGCCACCGGCGUUUUCUUUAAUACGAUUGUGCAGAUAGCAGGCACAAUCAACAGUGUUUCUGUGGAGGGAGCGUCUCUCUGGGCUGCGGUCUGGACGUUCGCAACGGUGGCAGUGGGUGCUGUCUUUGGUUGGAUUGAGGCGGUGGAUGGUGUAUGA